ACGAGAGGAAGCUGCCUUGCGGUCGCAAUGCGCUGCCAUGGGUCAGUGCGAGGCGUGACCGCAUGGCGGAGGAGGUCAACGGGCUCAGGAUCAUCACUCUGUCGCCCUUCGAGAUCCACUUCUCGCAGACCCGCAUAAGGUUUGAGUUCCAGGAUGGCAGGACGCUCCAGACGGCCUUGGAGGAGACAAAGGCAAGAGACACCACCUUCGAGGAGGAGGAUGCCAUUCUGUUGGCGCCUCCCUUCCCUCGCAUCGAGGUGACGAGGUGGCGAUGCAAGCUGAGGGACGCCGAGGGCGCGCCCAGGAUUGACCCAGAGACGGGGCUGGAGCUCUACAGCCAGGAGGAGCGGUGGUUCACCUUCGACAACCGCAGAUUGUGCUGCUUGCAGCGUGCUGCCGCUGCAAAGUGGCCAAAGAAAGUCUGCUGCGAAGUCUACGAGAUCCCGCCCGCCCUGGCACGGACCCGGGAGCUCCGGAAGUUCGACACCCGGAGCUCUGGGUUCAGCGUGUUGGUGGGCCGCAGGGAGGCGCAGAACCUGGACACCUGGUGCUGGCGUACGGAGGUGGGAGUUCCUGCGGUGCAGGAGUCAGAGCCGGGCGUAGUUAUGCCGGGCUUACGUCGCCGCCGGCCGGAGAGUGAACGGCAAGGAGCUGGGCAUUUCAGAGGUCGGAGGCGGGAGGCGAAGGAGGAGGAGGAGGAGGCUGAGAGGAGCUUUCCCCUGCAGCUUCUUCGCAGCUUCUUGUUGUUCAUGAUCAUCUACCUCAGCCUCCGCGUGUGCAUGAUCCUCUGGCGGAAGUACAAGGCGGGCUCCGGCACCGACUCGGUUGGGGAGCUUGAGAACUCCAGUCUUUAGCUGUGUGGUCAUUGGUCACCUUCAAGUAGCCGCGGCAAGAUGCCAGCGCCGGGUGUCUCACGGCCGCACAGCUUCCUCUUGGCCAGCAAGAGCUUGCUGGACGCCGAUUGCCCAGCCCAGUGGAGCGAGCGCUUUCCCCUU